CCCGAUGGGACGUCCAAGGAUGACGAUACUCGGGGCGAUCGCGAUCGUCCUUCUAGCUGGCGGCGUCCCGCGAUCGCUGGGCAUCGAUCGCGAGAACGAUCCUUUCGGAUUGAUCGAGAGGAAGACACGAGAAGCGCCAGGCGUUGCGGACGAGGCCAUCAAAGGGAUUUUCCGCGUUAUCUCGAGCGGUAAGUCCACCGAGAAGGACGACGAGCGGUUAGUGAACCUCGUUAAAGAAGAGAUAGUUCGUACGGCGCAGAGUAUCAAAACACCGACGGGCUCGAUCGAGGCGGCCGCCAGGAGAGCGCAACGAUUGGUCACUGAACUGACAGUCGCGUAUACGACCAUCAUUUACAAGUCGAAAACCUCUGAGGAAGCCAGAACGAAUUUCACGCGGUUCCAGACCACCGUGCAGAAGAUCGUGGACUUUAUAAAACGCGGACAGUUCGUUGUCUGA